AACUCAUAGUUUGACAUUGAUUAUUCUAAUUUUCAACAUGGAUUCUGUUGGUAAAUUGCAGGAUGAGGCACAGAAAAGGAAAGAACGCUUAAAAGCGAUGAAGGAAAAGAGAAUGGCUGGUUCCUCAGAAUCAAAACCAUCAGAGGAAGAACAGUUACCGAAACCUGUGUUUCGAAGUUACAAACCAAAGGAUGAGAAUUUACAGGAGUCUAAACUUCCACAAGUUAAACCAUCUGAUGUGACUGACAAGAUUAAACUUCAUCUGGAGGCUGCAACAGUUGAAAAAGGGAUAGAGGAAGUGGACCUGGUGAACCUGGCACCUAGAAAGCCUGACUGGGACCUGAAGAGAGAUGUAGCAAAGAAACUGGAGAAGCUGGAGAGAAAGACACAGCGAGCUAUAGCUGAGCUUAUCAGAGAACGUUUACAGGCCGGUAAUGAAGAUUUAGCUCUCGCUGUAAAUGCAGCCACUGUGGAUAGACGAAAUGAAGAUAAUGAUGACGAAGACUGACAAAGGCUGUAAAAGAGUGAAAAGACGGCAUUGAUUCUUAAUGGAAGAGAGACAACUCUGGCCCUGUAUCAGUGAAUGUUGAGAACAGUGUUGUAAGAGAGACAACUCUUUCUUAUGUAGCAAGAGAGAAGCUAUGUAGUGUGAAAGGUUUACUUGAAUCAAAUCUACAUAAUUCAUAAAGUAUUCAGUGUGUUAUGCUUCUGGUAUGUUUAAAGUGGAAGAAAUGACACACCCCUCAACAUGGCAGUUUCAUUAUACAUGUGU